AUGCGAGCUACUCCAAAACACACCAUGAAGGCAAUGUGUGGCUCUCCAUCUAGAAUGAUGAGUCUUAAAUCCACUAUUGGUCCAUGUGCAAUGAGCGCAUUCCCAACUCGCUUUGCCAUUCCAUCCAUCAUAUCGGCCAUUCCUUCAAUUGCCCAUGUUGGAGGUACCUCUCCAUCAUCCACUGCAGAUAUCUCUGUUGUGCCACAGGUGAUCAAGUCUCAAAACAGAACCAUGUCCACCACAUCCGGUACCGAUGCUUCACCUCGCGAAAUGAUCACUUGUGGAUCCACGAUUGAUGCUGGUGAGGAUCUUGAUGUUAUACUACGCAAAGCACCAUAUACUCCAGUUAGGAUAGAUUUGUACUCCAAUUGGUAUAAACCAUACCGUAUUCUUGGACCGGUUAUUGAAGAAUUCGUAUCUGUCAAUCAAAAGUGUAGUAUUGUCAAUGUGAAUAUUGACAAUGAUUGGGUCUUGUCACGACAGAUUGUGUUGUUGUCCACAGUUGCGACAUUCAUGGAUGCAGUACUUGCCGACUGUUUUGAUGGCAAUACAUACGCAACGUGUAUGCAGUAG